CACAUCUUCUUCAUUCACAAAUCAUAAGACAUAAGUCACACUCAGAAAGAGAAGAAUAAGCUUAGCACCCUAGUUAACCUAAUGGAAACAAAAACAGAGCAUGAUCUGUUGUUGGCAGAUACGGAGAAGCAAGAACCAGAAGGGUGGACAUGUGGCGGAAUCUCGGAGGUGAUGAAAGAAUCCAAGUCUCUAAUGGAGUUAGCCCUUCCCAUAGCACUAACAUCGCUCAUUUUCUACCUCCGCUCCAUAGUCUCCAUGCUCUUCUUGGGCCACCUCGGAGAACUCCAACUCGCUGCCGGCUCACUUGCCAUAGCCUUCGCCAACAUCACCGCCUACUCUGUCCUCUCUGGCCUCUCCCUCGGCAUGGAACCACUCUGCUCCCAAGCCUUCGGCGCCAAAAACACCAACCUCCUCUCUCUAACCCUCCACCGCUGCAUCAUCUUCCUCUUAGUGUCUUCCAUUCCAAUCUCAAUCCUCUGGCUCAACAUCAACACUAUUUUCAUCUUCCUCCACCAGCUACCCGAAAUCACCCAAAUGGCGCAAACCUAUUUGAUGUUCCUCCUCCCUGACCUCGUAACCAACUCCUUCCUUCACCCAAUCAGAAUCUACCUUCGUGCACAGGGUGUCACCCGCCCUGUCACGCUAGCAUCUCUCUUCGGAAUGCUCGCUCACUUGCCCUUCAAUUUCUUCUUCGUUAAACGCCUGCGUUUUGGCCUCGCCGGCGUUGCUGCAGCCUCCGCGGUCUCCAAUUUCUCCAUCCUUCUGUUUCUGGUUGUUCAUGUCUGGAUAAGUGGGGUCCACGCCGGCACGUGGAUGAAGCUGAGCCGGGACUCUUUCUCCGGUUUUAAGCCACUCAUUCGGCUUGCUGCGCCGAGUUGUGUGUCAGUUUGUCUAGAGUGGUGGUGGUAUGAGAUCAUGAUUGUGCUUUGUGGACUCCUUGUGGAUCCCACUGCCACCGUGGCAUCCAUGGGUGUGCUUAUUCAGACCACGGCAUUAAUCUACGUGUUUCCGUCCUCCUUGGGCUUUGCAGUCUCAACGCGUGUUGGAAACGAGCUCGGGGCAAACCGACCUGCAAGGGCCCGGCUCUCGGCUGCUAUUUCGAUCUUUUUUGCGGAAAUUUUAGGUUUUAUGGCGGUUAUCUUUGCCACUAUGAUGCGGCAUUCGUGGGGAAAAAUGUUCACAAAUGAUGAGAAAAUUUUGCGUUUGACAGCGGCUGCACUACCAAUUCUCGGGCUUUGUGAGCUCGGAAAUUGUCCACAGACGGUGGGAUGUGGUGUGGUUAGAGGAACGGCUCGGCCCAACGUGGCGGCGAAUGUGAAUCUUGGUGCGUUUUAUUUGAUCGGAAUGCCUGUGGCGAUUGGGCUUGGGUUUUGGCUUGAUAUUGGGUUUUGUGGGCUUUGGUUGGGCUUACUUUCAGCUCAAGUUUGUUGUGCCGGACUAAUGUUGUAUGUUAUUUUGACCACCAAUUGGAAGAACCAAGCCCAGCGGGCGCAGUUGUUGACAUCAGCUGAAAAUAUGGCAAUGAAUCCAACGGUCUAAAGCGUAUCAACGAGGCAGUUAUCCUUCUAUCUAAUAUUUAUCAUAGUGUAACUUUGUCUAAUAUUUUAAUUUUUGUUUUAUUAUUAUUAUUAUUUUCUAUAAUAGAAAGAAAUGUGAAUAAUAACUAGUUUGUUUACUCCUUUA